CGCAAACCAUGCAAACCACCCAAAACACCCUAAAACCACAAAAACACGCAAAAACACGCAAAAUCAGGUUGGACCCACAGCUUUCAAUCGAUAUCAUUGGCUCCAUCGACCGUUCACUUCUUUGUCAUCCAAAGCCCAUUAAAAUGCCUCCGACUUCCUCCGGCUCAUAUUCUGCCCGCUCCUUUGCCACUCCUCUGCCACUCCACCACCAACUCCGUCCAUUUGUUUACCUUCUACCUGCCUCUUGUCCACUACAGUCCACUCUUUGUCCACUGCAGUCCACUCUUUGUCCACUGUACCCGCCUAACUACCCCUAACUACACUGCCCCCUAACCAUCCUAACAUCCUAACAUCAACCUCUUCCUCCCUCCUUCCUCCUCCAUUCCUCCUUCCUCCUUACUCCUUCCUCCUUCCUCCCUUUCCCUCUUUCCCGACUUUCUCCUGCUCCCUAUAAACUCGGCUCGGGACCUUUGCUUGACCAACUACAAAUAUCCACUCAUAUCAUUGGUCCACUCACCUCUUCUCACCCACAUCACCACAGAACUCCUCACGGUCCCGAGACUAGACCUUCCGUUCCAAAGAGUUCCCGUUUCUCUCCCGAAGAUACAAGCAUCGUCCCUCCAUGGCUCCUGUACUUAAAGAAGGCGAUGGCCCAACUCGCCGUCCUAUGACCCCUACUUCCGAUCCAUCACACCUUGGCCCACGAUCUAAACAACUUGCAUCGGGAAAUCUCAACUACCACUCCACUUCACUGCGCACCAUGGUUUCCAACACCGUCAACAAGACCGCCCUGCACCCGGGUGGUGUUGCACCUUCUUUCGAGCACACUGAGCUCGAGGAGGAGCUCCACGAGAAGGCCAACCUCGACUAUGACCGCGUUGCCAUCGUCCCCAACCCCUCAGUCGCCGCCCUCUACGAAGAUGCCUUAGUUUACGAGACCGGUUCGGCCAUCACAUCGAGCGGUGCUCUUACUGCAUACUCCGGAAAGAAGACCGGCAGAUCUCCUCUCGACAAGCGUAUUGUUAAGGAGCCAUCUUCUGAGAACGAGAUCUGGUGGGGCCCUGUUAACAAGCCAAUGACUACAGAGGUCUGGAAGAUCAACCGCGAGAGAGCCAUUGACUACCUGAACACAAGGAACCGCAUCUACGUUAUCGACGGUUACGCAGGAUGGGACAAGAAGUACCAAAUCAAGGUCCGCGUCGUUUGCGCGCGUGCCUACCACGCCCUGUUCAUGCGCAACAUGCUUAUCCGCCCGGAGAGAUCUGAGCUCGAGCACUUCCACCCCGAUUACACCAUCUACAACGCCGGUUCUUUCCCAGCGAACAGAUUCACUGAGGGCAUGACCUCUGCAACUUCCGUUGCCAUCAACUUUGCCGAUAAGGAGAUGGUUAUCCUCGGUACCGAGUACGCCGGUGAGAUGAAGAAAGGUGUUUUCACAGUUCUCUUCUACGAGAUGCCGGUCAAGCACAACGUGCUCACCCUGCACUCUUCCGCCAACGAGGGCAAGGACGGCGAUGUCACCGUUUUCUUCGGUCUCUCCGGUACCGGCAAGACCACUCUCUCUGCUGACCCCAACCGCCAGCUGAUUGGUGAUGACGAGCACUGCUGGUCCGACCGUGGUGUCUUCAACAUCGAGGGUGGCUGCUACGCCAAGUGCGUUGGCCUGUCCGCCGAGAAGGAGCCCGAUAUUUACGGCGCCAUCAAGUACGGGUCCGUCCUCGAAAACGUCGUGUUCAACCAAGAUACCCGCCACGUCGACUACGACGAUGUCACUCUCACCGAGAACACCCGCUGCGCCUACCCCAUCGAGUACAUCCAGAACGCCAAGAUCCCCUGCGUCUCCUCCAGCCACCCCACCAACAUCAUCCUCCUCACCUGCGACGCCCGCGGCGUCCUCCCCCCGAUCUCCAAGCUCAACUCCGCCCAGACCAUGUUCCACUUCAUCUCCGGCUACACCUCCAAGAUGGCCGGCACCGAAGAGGGCGUCACCGAGCCCCAAGCCACCUUCUCCUCGUGCUUCGCCCAGCCCUUCCUCGCCCUCCACCCCAUGCGCUACGCCAAGAUGCUGGCUGGUAAGAUCGAGGAGCACAAGGCCAACGCCUGGCUCCUCAACACCGGCUGGGUCGGUGCCGGUGCCGCUACCGGCGGCAAGCGCUGCCCGCUCAAGUACACCCGUGCCAUCCUCGACGCGAUCCACUCUGGUGAGCUCCAGAACGUCGAGUACGAGGUCUACGACACCUUCAACCUGUCCGUGCCCAAGACCUGCCCCAACGUCCCAUCGGAGCUGCUCAACCCCCGCAACGCGUGGACUGCGGGCGACGAGAGCUUCAAGGCUGAGGUCAACAAGCUGGGUGGUCUGUUCAACGAGAACUUCAAGAAGUACUCUGAUGAGGCGACUGAGGAUGUUCUCGCUGCUGGCCCGAAAACGGAUUAAGCGCCGUGUUUUCGACGGGGUUGCUUUGUCUUCGUUUUUACGUAAGGGUCUUGAUGUCCAUGGCUUUGAUUCUGUUUUGGGGGAAUUUUAGGGCGUUAGACAAACAGAUUGGAAGUGAGAGCUUUUCUUAAAGUUUUGCUGCCGUGUGUUCCUGAGAGGGGGAUUCACGAGGAAGGAAGGGAUAGAGUGUAAGGAGAUCGCGAGUAGCUGCUGCAUUACGUCUGCGUUUCGGCUGUAUUUUGCAUGUUUUUGAGAGGUGGGGAGAUGGAGGAUAUUCCGUGUAACUUGUUCAUGAGCGAGUGAGGGAAUCUUCGAUGGGGUUGGAAGAGAUAAUAUUAAGACCU